AAGUAAACAGAGGUUUUUGUUAUAUGGCCCGCGUAGUUAUCAUUUUCCGGCCAUCUGCGGUCAUCUAAAUACUCAUACAUAUUAUUAAUUCAAAACGAUGAUGAUACUAAGACGGCGGCCGUUCUUGAUCGGCGUGGUAAUCGUGAUGGCUUUUGGACUCGCGGUUUACUUGAGGCUUUGGACCAUUGAUUUUCAAAUUUCAUCCAUUGAAACCGAUUUACUGCGAAGGGAGUUUGAUCUUGCAAAUAAGGAAGCGGUUGAUGAGUCUGCAGAGUGGAGGCUCAGAUUCGAUGAGGCCGAAGAACGAGCUACCAAGUGUACUAAGGAGCUCAAAAGAGUUAAGGAGACUCUUCAGGAUUAUAGUGCUUCCAGUAUGAAGAAAAGGCUAGAUAUGUUGCAGAAGGAGAAUAUAAACUUGUUGGAAAGGGUUGAGAAUUUGAAACAAGAGCUUGAAGCUGAGAAGCUGAAGUGUAGUAUGCAGAAAAAUGUAACCAUGUAAAUGUUUUGAGAUAGAUGAUGUGAACCUUCGCAUUUUUGACCAAAUAUAUAUUCAAGUUAUUGCUGCUUAUCAGCCUCAAA